AUGCAAGCUCCAGUGGUGUAUUUGAACGCCAACACGGAAAGACAAAGCGGUCGCCAGGCCCAGGUCAGCAACAUCACUGCUGCCAAAGCCGUGGCUGACAUCAUCCGCACGUGUCUUGGUCCAAAGGCCAUGCUUAAGAUGUUGUUGGAUCCCAUGGGAGGAAUCGUCUUGACCAACGAUGGUCACGCUAUCUUGAGAGAGAUCGACGUGAGUCACCCUGCUGCAAAGUCCAUGAUUGAGCUAAGUAGAACGCAGGACGAGGAGGUGGGCGAUGGAACCACCACCGUCAUCAUUUUGGCUGGAGAGAUCUUGGCCCAGACCUUCCCAUAUAUCGAAAAGAACUUGCACCCUGUGGUGAUCAUCCAGGCGUUGAAGCAGGCGUUGAGCGACGCGUUGGAGAUCAUCCACUCCGUGUCUGUGCCUGUUGACAUUGAGAACGACGAGGCCAUGACCAAGUUGAUCAAGGCUUCCAUCGGUACCAAGUACGUGAACAAGUGGUCUGAGAAGAUGUGCCAGUUGGCCUUGCAGGCCGUCAGAACCGUCAAGGUCGAGCAGGGUGACUACAAGGAGAUCGACAUCAAGAGAUACGUGCGUGUGGAGAAGAUCCCCGGUGGAGAGGUGACCGACUCGGAGGUGUUGGACGGCAUCUUGUUGAACAAGGAUGUCACCCACCCCAAGAUGAAGAGACACAUUGAGAACCCCCGCGUGAUUCUCUUAGACUGCCCCUUGGAGUACAAGAAGGGUGAGUCGCAGACUAACAUUGAGAUCACCAAGGAGGAGGACUGGAACAGAAUCUUGCAGAUCGAGGAGGAGCAGGUCAAGUUGAUCUGUGAGCAGCUCUUGGAGUUCAAGCCAGAUGUUGUCAUCACCGAGAAAGGUGUGUCCGACUUGGCUCAGCACUACUUGUUGAAGGGCGGUGUGACUGCCUUGAGAAGAGUGAAGAAGUCCGACAACAACAGAAUUGCCCGUGCUACCGGCGCCACCAUUGUCAACAGAAUCGAGGACUUGAAGGAGUCCGAUGUGGGUAUCAAUUGCGGUCUCUUCAAGGUCGAGCUCAUCGGUGACGAGUACUACACUUACUUGGUCAAGUGCAAGCAGCCGCAGUCGUGCUCUGUGUUGUUGCGUGGUGCUUCCAGGGACAUCUUAAACGAGAUUGACAGAAACCUCGUGGAUGCCAUGUCUGUGGCACGUAAUGUUAUGUUUGAAGCUUCUCUUUCGCCCGGAGGAGGUGCUACUGAGAUGGCUGUGAGUGUGAAGCUCGCAGAGAAGGCCAAGUCCAUCGAAGGUGUUGCCCAAUGGCCCUACCAGGCUGUUGCUGACGCUUUUGAAGUUAUACCCAGAACGUUGGUGCAGAACUGCGGCGGUAACGCUAUCAGAAUCUUGUCUCAGUUGAGAGCCAAGCAUGCUGAGGGUCAGCACACGUUUGGUAUUGACGGAGAGAACGGUAAGGUUGUGGACAUGAACGAAUACGGCAUCUGGGAGCCUGAGGUGAUCAAGCAGCAGUCGAUCAAGACCGCUGUGGAGAGUGCGUGCCUUUUGUUGAGGGUGGACGAUAUUGUCAGCGGUGUUCGUCAGCAGCAGUGA